AUGGUAUUUUUCGGGACGCUAAUCAUCAAAACGUUGAUGUGUGACAUCGAAACUUACAGGUAUUCCAAACGGAACAGCAAUGACACAGAGAAAUCUCUACCACUGAACUACUGGUAUCCAUUCGAUAAAAAUAAACAUUACACGCUUGUCUUGGUCGAUCAGAAUAUCCGACCAACUUUAGGUGGACUUUAUACGGCUAUAGUAAACGCGUUUGUAAACUCCAUUAUAAUUUUCGUGAGGCUCCAACUGAAAAUACUCCAGUACAGUUUCAGAAAUUUCGACCAGUUAGAACCAGACAAUGUCAAAAACCCGACGAUUCUGAGGAUACUCUGCGUCAAACACCAAGAACUGAUUCGAUACGUGGAAGGACUUAAUAAUCAUCUUAAAUUUAUAAUAUUUAUGGAAUAUAUGAUUUCAUCACUUACCUUUGCAGCCCAGAUUUUGCAAAUCACGGCAGGUAUCGAACCUUUUAUAACAUCUAUAAUAUUGUCCUAUACCAUCAUACAUUUACUAAUAUUCGCUUGGAGUUGCAAUGAGAUUAUCGUCCAGAGCACCGAAUUGGCCAGAGCACUUUUCGAAAGCAAUUGGUAUAACCACAACACCAAGGUCAAACUUAUGGCCCAUAUAAUGAUAAUGAGAUGCCAGAAACCGCUCAGUUUGAUGAUUGGGCGGUUUGGAGUUAUGGAUUUGGAUGUUGGAAUUUCGCGACUAAAACUGGCAUAUACCUAUACGUCUGUUAUGAAAAGUGGCAACUAGCGAUACAAAGAAGUGAAAUUGAUAUUCAAAGGAUCUCGCUAGAAUUAUGAACCCUUAUUCAUAAAACAACGGUAUACAUUCUCUCAAUUGUGGCCGUUUUUGAUAACCUUUUUUGUUUUAUCACUAUCACACAGUCCCGUAGCAACUAAUCGCCAUUGGCUAAUAAUCAAAUAUUCCUAAAUUUAAAGUGAUUAGG